AUGGCCCCCCUAGCGCAUCUACUCAUAAUAUACACAUCAUGCCUCUCCCUCAUCCCGGCCCUAACCCUCAACUCCUACCCCACCAAACCUCGAGUCUUCAUUCUCUCGGAUAUCUCCAACGAGCCAGACGAUGCCCAGUCGCUCGUCCGAUACCUGACCUACAGCAACCAGUUCCAGACCGAGGGCAUCGUAGCCACGACAUCCACCUGGCUAAAGAAUGAGACCCACCCAGCAGACAUGCUCAAGAUCAUCGAUGCCUACGAGAAAGUAGUCGAUAAUCUAAACCACCAUGCACCAGCCGAUGCGCAGUAUCCGUCUGCGGAGUACUUGCGAAGUAUAGUCCGGGCAGGAUCUCCGACAUACGGCAUGGCCGCCCUCUCCCCCACCACCCCUCUCAGUGCCGGCGCCAAACUCCUCCUCAACAGCAUCCACGCCACAACAAACAGCAGCGAACCCCUCUGGAUCCUCGCCUGGGGCGGCACAAACGUCCUCGCCCAAGCCCUCGCCAAACUCCAGACCGACAACCCAACCCAAGCGCCGACCCUCCGCUCCAACCUCCGCAUCUACACCAUCUCCGACCAAGACGACACAGGCGCCUGGCUCCGCCAGCAAUACCCAGACCUCUUCUACAUCGCCUCAGUGCACGGCUGGAACCAAUACCACAUGUCGACGUGGGUAGGCAUCUCCGGCGACGAAUUCUACAAUUUCGACAAGGGCGGCGCAAACGGCACAAAGGUAAGCAAGGGGUGGAUCCGUUCGAACCUGCAAAUCGGGCCCCUGGGCGCCGUGUACCCCGACGUAGCGUUUAUCAUGGAAGGGGAUACGCCGUCGUUUCCGUAUCUUGUUCAGAAUGGGCUGGGGGUGCCGGAGCACCCGGAGUACGGGUCGUGGGGGGGUCGGUAUACGUUGGUGAAUCCGAGCCCGUGUGGGCUUGGGUUCCGGCAUUAUGGGGAUGCGGAGGAUGAGGUUAUUGGGGUGGAUGGUGGGGUUUAUAAGUCGAAUAAGGCGACGGUUUGGAGGUGGAGGGAUGCGUAUCAGGAAGAUUUUGCGGCGCGGAUGCGCUGGACCAUGACUGCCGAUGCGGCGGGGGUGAAUCAUCAUCCUGUUGUUGGGGUGAAUGGGAGUGUUGGGUUGGGGGUUGUGGAGGUUUGGGGGGCUGCUGCUGGGUCGGAGGUUAUUUUGGAUGCUGGGGGGUCGGUGGAUCCGGAUGGGGAUGAGUUGUCCUUUCAAUGGGUUCAUUAUCCGGAGCCCAGUGCGAUCAAUGGUGCUCCGGAGGUGAAAGUUACGGCUUUUGGGCCCCGUGGGGAAAGGGCCAGGUUGUCGGUUCCGGUUGUCGAUAGGGCUUGUGAAGCUACGGAGCAUUGCGAUUUGUUUCAUUUUGUGUUGGAGGUCACGGAUUCUGGCUCGCCGGCGUUGACGACGUAUCGUCGGAUAUUGCUGCACGUGGCGAGGCAUGGUGGUGGCCGGUCAUGA